CCCUCCAGUCUCCACGAGGGGGUAAGCUAUUGGUCGUCCAUGCCGCUUUCAUUCUUCUCCCCCACACCACAUCGAUCUGCGCAGCGACAGAACGCAGCCCGUUGUUUCAAUUCCCAAUUCACCAGAAUCACCAGCAGUUCACUCAAAAAGGGAAAACUCUCGAAAUCUUCUUUGUCGCUAAAAUUUUCAUGCAAUUUUCCUCAAUAACAGCACCGAAGCAAUAUUAACAACAUGACCGAGGACAGUGGUGCUAAGGUUUCUUCUGAGGAAGCCUCACAAACACGGCAGAGAAAGAAGAGAAAGUGGGAUCAACCUGCAGAGUUCUUGGUUUCAGCUGGUGUAGCAGUACCCGGGGUCCUCCCACUGGGCAACAUGGGACCCCUUGGUGGGAUUGCACUUCCUGGUGUGGCUCCAGUGUCCAGUGCAGUUUUAAUGAAUUCACUAGGAGCUAGCUGCACAACCAUACCACAGGUGUUUCAGGCAUCUUCAAUGCAGCAACACACUGCCACUGUGGUUCCAAAACCGAAGAUCCAAGAUGAGUUAAUAGCACGAGAAAUUGUCAUAAACGAUGCCGAGUCUUCUGUUCGUUACAAGCUCACAAAACGCCAGACGCAGGAGGAGAUCCAAAAGUGCACGGGUGCUGUGGUUAUAACCAGGGGUAAGUACCGUCCGCCAAAUGCUCCAUCUGAUGGGGAAAAACCAUUAUAUCUUCACAUCUCUGCAGGGGCUCAUUUAAAAGAUACAGCAGAACGGAUACUAGCAGUUGAUUGUGCAGCUGCUAUGGUUGAAGAAAUGUUGAAACAAGGUCAGAAUUUACAGCCAGCUUCCACUUUUUAUCCGGCUUUAAACAAUGAAGUGAAGGCACUGAGCACGUGCGUGUUUUUGGGCUUUGACCCAGACCCGUCAUUGAGCAUGGCUGCUCGUAUACGUGGACCAAAUGACCAGUAUAUAAAUCACAUUAUGAAUGAAACAGGAGUAACUGUCUCACUAAGAGGAUGUGGUUCAGGAGAAAUUGAAAGCUUACAUGGAGAAGAAGGAGAGCAACCACUGCAUUUAUUCCUGUCAAGCAGUAAUCCAAAAAGUCUCGAAGAUGCUAAGCGUCUGGCUGAAAAUUUGUUGGAUACAAUCAGUGUUGAGUGUGGUGCUUCUAGGGUUUCAUCAUGUAAGGUUUAUAGUGCUGUUCCACUUCCACCUCCACAGCAGGUUUACAGUGCUGUUCCUCCUCCUCAGCAGUUAUUGGCUGGAGUUCAGAGUUCUGGGAAUGAAUUGACAGUAAAUGCAAGUUCUGCUGCUGGUUUGACAUCUGCAAGUGUGGGCUCUGCGGCAGCUCCCCAAGUUUCCUCCAUAAGAGUCCCAGGGCUCCCUCCUGUCUUUUCUCAAGGGACAGUAUCUCAAUCUGGUGGAUAUUUAAACUCUGGGCUGUCUCAAGGAAAUGUGAUUGGUUAUUCCCAGCAUUUAAUAUCUGGUGGAACAAGCUAUAUCGGAUAUGGUGGGAUAUAUCCUCAAGCCACACCAUUGCAACAAGUUGCCCUGGCCCUUAGGCAGUCGCCUUCUCCGGUCACUUCUACAAUUGCUCCCACAACAUCAAUACCAAAUGAAGAAUCGAAGCCGAGUUUUAGCUCUGAUCCUGAGAAGGAGAAACGGCAUCCACAGAAGCGGAAGUUUCAGGAACUACCGGCUGGCUCAAAGGGUCCUGCAAAACCCCUUCAGGUAGUAUUUUCUCUGACCUUCUAUGAAGCUAACUGGCCGAUACUGGACCUCUCUAUUGGGUCGUUGGUUUGUAUGUUUCACAGGGUUUUCAGCUGUGGAGGUGCCUUGGCUGGGGAACUUAUGGCUACAGAGCUUUUAAUUAGAGGCCAAUUCUAGAUUUUAUGCGGCUUGGUUUUAUCUUGUAUCUUUGUUCUGAAUUGUGUUAUACAAAUAUGUUACUUUUUGGCCAUAAGUCCAAUGUUGAUUUCCUCAAUGGGUGGCCACCACCAAAAGGGACAGCUAAGCUACUACUUCAGAAGUGGUUCUGCCACCACCAAAGCAAGCUUUGAUUUUAUUGUCAUUGGAAUUUAGUGGUUGCAGAGCUGAACAUUUUCUAUUCAUGACUCAUUUUAAAAACUGAUUUGACAAGCACCUCAGUAGGACCCCAUCUGUUCUAUCUGCAUUUCACGUUAACCAGUGGUCAAACUGAAUGCCAAGCAUUUUUCUGGUUUGUACUUUGACUUAUAAUGUCAUUGUGUUGUGGUUUUGUGUCAGGCAUAACCACUCUCCCAGGAACCAAAUUUGAUUUUGAGAAAAUAGAAAAAAUAUGUCAUGAAAAGAUUCUUGGGUUAAUUUGAAUGGAGAUUUCUGGUCAUGAAAACCAGGUGCCCUAAAGUCUUGGGAUGACCCCUUUCAAAGCCCUAGCUAGGGUUGAGAAAGUGAUAUAUGUUAUAUUUAGUCUCUCUUCUCUUUGGAGUCAGGUUCUUGGGACAGGACAGGAAGUCAUGUUUAUAUCGAUGUCUAUACCUCUUCACUGGGAAGAAAUUGGCUGUUUGUGCUGGUGGGCAGCACCUAAUGGGGAAGUUGAUACCCAAUGCGUGUUAAAUCACAGUUAAACACUUCGGCACCUGUGUUUAUAUGCUGUCUACCUUUAUAGUGAUAACCAUCUGUUUCAACCUCAGAUCUGGAGGAAGUUUUUUCUAUGCACCAACUUGCACAAAUCCUGACAUUGAUAUUUGUACGUUACAAAACUUGAUGUGAAAACUCAGGGGCUUACAUUUAUGCCCAGAUCACCUAGAAACCUAUGCACUAACACUCAUUCAAAGACAUCAAAUCAAAGUGGUAACUCAAGUAACCCCCUUUAUGUGCCUGCCAGUGGCUUGUUCAUUUCUUCCCAAUUGCUUCUUCUUCAUCUGUAUAUUUUUUUGUUAUUUGUUUUUUUUUUUCUCUAAACUUGUGUUAUAGUUCUGAAUUUUUUUUAAUCCGAAUUUGUGUCUUAUAGAACCUUAUAUUUUGUUACUAAUAAAUUAGGUUUGGAUUGUCUCCUUCUAACUCACUGCAGGGUUCAAAAUUUUUAAAGCCAACUGAGCCCUCAGCAGAUUUGGAUGUGAGAAAUGUAUCGACUAUGCCAGCCCCAAAGAAGUUGGUCCAGUCGUCAUCCAACGGAUUGGCACCAUCCCUGCCAAGAACCAUGCCUCCACCA